AUGUGUAUCAUAGAACGAGAAGCUGUGAAACACGAUAGGAACGGUAUGAGUUCCCAUAGUUCAAAUUGCAUCCCUGAUGUGCAGCAUCCCGAUAUUUUACCCGUAAGAAUGUGUAGAACUACGAUCACUUCGAUAGCCACGCAAUUUCCUAUAUUCUUGACGAAGUUUGGCAAGGAUAUUGUAAAACUAUUUCCAGAAGGCACUGACGUAUUUAUACAUGGCAAAGUAAAAAACAUAUUAUUCGACGGCUUGCCCCUUAUUUGCGACAAAGACAAAUAUCCAGAAAUCGGUCUAAUGUGUACCUAUCUGAAAAUGAAAAAGCCGCCGAUAAUCCGAUCAACGGAUAAUGAAAAACUAUAUCUGUAUAGUUUUUUUGAUAAGGUUAACGGUUCGGAUCAGGGCUCCUUCUCUAUUAAUCGAGGAUCACAAAAUUACUCGCUACUUGGUAAUAUUGUGGCUAGUAAAGGAAACAAAUAUAAUAAAAUCUGGAAUACUGAAGAAUGUAAUAGAGUUUGGGGAUGUGACGCGAUUACCUGCGCACCAUUGGAGGCACGUGUACCUCACAUUCAGACAUACGCCAAGGAAUAUUGCAGAAUAUUACAGAUCGACUACUCGAAAGACACCCGAUUUUUCGGGACUACGACUUAUCGAUAUGAGAUGAUGGGCAAUACGUGGACGCACAAUGCAUCGGUAUGCUUUUGCCCAAAAAACCUAAAGAAAGAGAUACAGUGUCCACCCAUGGGUAUCUUGGAUGUAUCCGCCUGUCAGGAAAUUCCGAUAUAUGCAUCCGAGCCUCAUUUUCUACACGGAGAUCCUAAACUACUUGAGUAUGCCAUUGGAUUACGUCCCAAUGAAUUACUUCAUCAUACUUACCUAGACAUUGAACCAAUUUCGGGAAUACCUUUCUCAGGAUUUAAAAAGUGUCAAUUAAAUAUGCAUCUCGCACCCCAACCUGUUCAGGGAUUGCAUAACGUCAGCGAAGGAUAUUUUCCUUUGGUAUGGAUCGAAGAGGGGGCGAACAUAACGAUAGAACAGGCACUAACAGUUGUCAAUGUACACCGUCUUAUGAGAUUUUUGAACGUUCUCUCUUGGACACCGCUUUUAUUGGGGAUUUUUUUCAUCCUUGCAAAUCUAUGGUUACGAGACCCCGUUAACUCAGGACUUAUCGAGAGGUCCUCGGUAUCAAGUCAAGAUCCUCUUUUCUCUCGGUCAAAAAUGAUAAAC